UAGCCUUUCUAUCCCAAAUUUGAAAGACCAAUCCGAAACUAAACCAUCACAAGAGCCCAUUUCUUGUAUUCUCUUUGAUCAGGCUCAUUUCUUGUAUUUCAUUGUUGAGCGCAUUGCUAAGCCCAGGUGACGAGAACUGAUAUGCAAGGCGACCAGCCGAGGAAACCGCAGCCGGGCGCAGUUCCUCUUUCUUUUUUGACCUAGGUAUCCUCCACCAGUUCCAAGAUCGUGGAAAGUCCGAGCAUCUUGAUCUUACCAAUCAAUUGUACGUGUCGUAAAUCAAGAACUGAUUACUGGAGGAGUGAAUUGUAAGUGCGAACAUGUCGAUACCAAAGGAACCAGAACAAGUAAUAAAACAGAGAGAUGGAUCGGUACUGGGUAAGAAAACUAUUCUCAAGACCGACCAUUUUCCUGGUUGCCACAACAAGCGCUUGGUUCCCCAUAUUGAUGGUGCACCCAAUUACCGCAAGGCAAAUUCAUUACCUGUUCAUGGUGUUGCCAUUCCAACCAUUGAUGGCAUCCGGAAUGUUCUCACGCACAUUGGGGCUCACAUGAAAGGGGAUCAGAUACGUGUACUUUGGAUAAACCUUCGUGAGGAGCCGGUGGUUUAUAUUAACAGUCGACCUUUUGUUCUGCGAGAUGUGGAGCAACCUUUUUCGAAUCUAGAAUACACGGGUAUUAACAGGGUCAGGGUGGAGCAAAUGGAAGAUCGACUAAAAGAAGAUGUCUUUAUGGAAGCCGCAAGAUAUGGAAAUAAAAUCCUUGUAACUGAUGAACUACCUGAUGGUCAAAUGGUUGAUCAGUGGGAACCAGUUUCAUGUGAUUCUGUCAAGACACCGUUACAGGUGUAUGAGGAGCUGGCGAAUCAUUUCCUUGUUGACUAUGAACGUGUUCCUAUAACCGAUGAAAAGUCUCCCAAAGAGCAAGAUUUUGAUAUUCUGGUUCACAGAAUUUCGCAAGCAAAUUUAAGGACAGAGAUUGUUUUCAAUUGCCAAAUGGGGCGUGGCAGAACAACAACAGGAAUGGUGAUUGCAACACUGAUAUACAUUAAUAGAAUUGGAGCUUCAGAUAUUCCAAGAAUUGAUUCUAUGGGAAAAAUUUCUGAUUUGAGUUCAAGCAUUCCAUCUGAUCUACCGAAUUCAGAGGAGGCUAUUCGUAGAGGAGAGUAUGCAGUCAUUAGAAGCCUUAUCCGAGUUCUAGAGGGUGGCAUUGAAGGCAAAAGGCAGGUGGAUGAAGUUAUCGACAAAUGUGCCUCUAUGCAGAAUCUGCGUGAAGCUAUUGCUUGUUAUCGAAGUAGUAUACUUUGUCAAGCUGAUGAAAUGAAAAGGGAAGCAUCCCUUUCCUUUUUUGUGGAGUAUUUGGAGAGAUACUAUUUCUUGAUAUGCUUUGCCGUAUAUCUACAUACAGAAAGAGAAAAUCUACUUCCUAUAUGUUCUACCCAAUGCAGUUUCACUGAGUGGAUGAGAGCUAGACCAGAGCUUUAUAGUAUUCUGCGCAGCAGGUUACUGAGAAGAGACCCAAUGGGGGCUCUAGGUUAUUCCACUGUAAAACCAUCUCAGAUUGAAAGUGGUAUAUCUGUUGAUGGUCGCCCUUUGGAGAUGAGUCAAGUUGCUGCUUUAAGGAAUGGAGAGGUUCUUGGAAGUCAAACAAUUCUUAAAAGUGACCAUUGUCCGGGUUGUCAGCAUCCCUGUUUACCAGAAAGACUGGAGGGAGCUCCCAAUUUUCGAGAAAUUCCCCGAUUUCCAGUUUAUGGUGUUGCUAAUCCAACUGUGGAUGGGAUUCGAUCUGUCAUACAAAGGAUUGGUAGUUCAAAGGGUGGGCGUCCGGUAUAUUGGCACAAUAUGAGAGAAGAACCUGUAGUUUACAUCAAUGGAAAACCAUUUGUUCUUCGUGAAGUAGAAAGACCAUACAAAAAUAUGCUGGAGUACACGGGGAUUGAUUGUGAAAGAGUUGAACGAAUGGAAGCUCGGCUGAAAGAUGAUAUUUUGAGAGAAGCUGAACGUUAUCAUGGUGCUAUAAUGGUCAUCCAUGAAACUGAUGAUGGGAAAAUAUCUGAUGCUUGGGAACAUGUGAGCUUACUUGCUGUUCAGACUCCAAGGGACGUAUUUAGGUGUUUUGAAGAUGAUGGUUUCCCAAUAAAAUAUGCUCGUGUUCCAAUAACUGAUGGAAAAGCUCCAAAAAGUUCGGAUUUUGAUAUGUUGGCUGUGAAUAUUGUAUCCGCUUCUAGAAAUACUGCCUUUGUUUUUAACUGCCAGAUGGGAAUCGGAAGGACAACAACAGGUACUGUUAUUGCUUGCCUUCUGAAACUCCGAAUUGAUUAUGGAAGGCCUAUUAGAUUGUUAGUUGAUGACUCACCACACAAAUAUUUGGUCAGCCGUAGUGUUGAUGAAAAUGAUCAGGUUUCUGCAUCAAUACCUGUUUUUGAAAAGAAUAGGACAGAGAAAGAUUACUUGGGUCAUUCAUUUGGAAUUAAUGACAUUCUAUUUCUGUGGAAAAUCACAAGAUUAUUUGAUAAUGGGGUGGAAUGUCGGGAAGCAUUAGAUAAUAUAAUAGAUCGGUGUUCGGCACUGCAGAAUAUACGCCAAGCUGUUUUGCAAUACAGACAGCUAUUUAAUCAGCAGCAUGUGGAACCAAGAGAAAGAAGUGUAGCUUUGAACCGUGGUGCUGAGUAUUUGGAGCGCUAUUUUCGUUUAAUUGCAUUUGCUGCAUAUCUUGGAAGUGAAGCAUUUGAUGGCUUUUGUGGGCAAGGUGAAUCAAGAAUGACGUUUAAGAGUUGGUUACAUCAAAGGGCAGAGGUUCAAGCAAUGAAAUGGUCCAUCAGAUUGAGACCUGGGAGAUUCUUUACUGUCCCUGAGGAUUUGAGAGCUCCACAUGAAUCUCAACAUGGAGAUGCUGUAAUGGAGGCAAUUGUGAAGGAUCGUAAUGGUUCGGUUUUGGGGAAAGGUUCUAUUCUUAAAAUGUAUUUCUUUCCUGGACAAAGAACUUCCAGCAACAUUCAAAUCCAGGGGGCACCACAUGUCUACAAGGUGGAUGGAUUUCCUGUAUAUAGCAUGGCAACCCCCACAAUUACAGGUGCCAGAGAGAUGUUAAACUAUUUAGGUGCCAAUCCCACAGAAGAGAGAAGUGCUCCAGAGAAAGUUGUUUUAACUGAUCUCAGGGAAGAAGCAGUUGUGUAUAUCAACAACACGCCUUUUGUUCUACGGGAAUUAAAUAAGCCUAUUGACACCCUCAAACAUAUAGGAAUCACUGGUUCAGUGGUAGAACACAUGGAGGCACGUUUAAAGGAAGAUAUAAUUGCUGAGAUAAAAGAAUCUGGCGGUAGGAUGCUUUUGCACCGUGAAGAAUAUAACCCAGCACUAAACCAAGCUACUGUUAUAGGGUACUGGGAGACUAUUUAUGUAGAUGAUGUUAGAACUCCUGCGGAGGUGUAUGCAGCUUUGAGGCAUGAGGAGUACAAUAUAGCAUAUCAAAGAAUCCCAUUAACAAGAGAGAGAGAAGCUCUAGCUUCUGAUGUUGAUUCAAUCCAAUAUUGUAAGGAUGACUCUGCAGGAUCUUAUCUUUAUGUGUCACACACAGGAUUUGGGGGAGUUGCUUAUGCUAUGGCUAUCAUUUGUCUUAGACUUGAAGCAGAUGCAACUCAGACACCACAUAUCUCACGAUCAAUUCAUAAUCAAUGCUCGUCUAAUUCAAGGGAAGAAAUCUCUGUAUCUUUUAAUUCUGAUGAUGAGGCUCGCAGAAAUGGUGAUUACAGGGACAUCCUGAGCCUAAUUAGGGUGCUCGUCCAUGGGCCUGAGAGCAAAGGAGAUGUUGACUCUGUUAUAGAUAGGUGUUCUGGGGCUGGACAUUUGAGGGAUGAUAUUCUGUACUAUGGGAAGGAACUCGAAAAGUUUUCAAAUGUGAAUGAUGAUCAUCGAGCUUAUCUUUUGGAUAUGGGUAUUAAGGCAUUAAGGAGGUACUUUUACCUAAUCACAUUCAGAGCCUAUCUUUACAUCACUUCUGGGCCAGAGUUGAGAUUCACUACUUGGAUGGAUGCAAGGCCUGAGCUUGGCCACUUGUGUAAUAAUCUUAGAAUUGAUAGGUAAGUUCAUAGGAUAUGAAACCAAUAUGCAGAUUGUGUCAAUCUUCCCCUUUUGUUAAUAACGAUGAUAACUCCCAUAGAAUGGAAGAUAAUAUGUAAAUUACAAACAUCACCUCACAUGUUUCGUAGACUACAAGAUGUUUAGUUUGCCCA